UCUCCCCAGCCUAUGUCACCAGAUCCAGUACAUGAUUUGCCUAAUGAAUUGUUGCAAAUGGGAUGGAGAAGAUUCUGGAGCAAGAGAGAACAGAGACCAUAUUUCUUCAACAAAAAUACAAAUGAGUCUUUAUGGGAAAUGCCUCAUUUUCCAGGAAUGUCAUCACCACAGAACACCUUUCUAACAGACCCUUUGGGUAUUGGGGGAGAUGGCCCAACCCCUCAUCAUACAGAUGCUCGUCUUUCUCGGCCAAGCACUGAUAUUCCUCCUCCGCAGGUAGGAGAAAAGAGACGUGCAAGUAUGGAGGGUCUGGAAAGUCCCACAAAGAGGCCUGCGUUUACCUACAGCCCGUUUUGGAAUUUUGAUAUUCCAACUAAUGUAGUCAUGUUUGAGAGAGUUCCCUGCUGUUUGCCACCUCCAAUGCCAGAGGUUGAAAAGUUCCGAGUCCAGCUAGUGAGCAGACUGAGACAGCAGUACCAGGAACUCUGUCAUACACGAGAGGGUAUUGACGCACCAGUGGAGUCCUUUAAUCGCUGGUUGUUGGAGAGAAAGGUUUGUGAUCAUGGGAAGGACCCCAUGUUGCCAUCUCAGUGUACCCCAGAAAUUUCUCAGUCCAUGUACAGAGAAAUCAUGAAUGACAUUCCUGUUAAGCUUGUAAAGCCCAAGUUCACAGGAGAUGCUAGGAAACAGCUGUUCAAAUAUGCAGAGUCAGCCAAGAGAAUGAUUGAAACCAGGAGUGCGUCAUCAGAUAGCAGGAAGAUUGUGAAAUGGAAUGUGGAGGACACCAUUACAUGGCUGCGGAAACAAGUGUCGGCUUCAUAUGAGGACUAUUUGGAAAGACUUGCCCAUUUAAAGAGACAGUGUCAGCCUCACCUGACUGAGACAGCCAAGUCCUCCGUGGAGGGGAUCUGUUGUAAAAUGUACAAUAUGUCCUGUGAGAGUGUCCGCAAAAUCCACGAGUUCCACUGGCAGCAACUGAAGGAGCACGGAAUCAAGGAACCAGCCAAAUUCCCUGAUCCUAUCAAUCCCAGAAAAGUGAUGUGCUACCCUAUCCAGAUGUGUGUUCCGUGUCCCCGAUUAUCUACCGUGGAACUCAUGCAAGAGAAGGAGACACACACACUGAAAUGUAACGCAGAAGUUCUCAAAAUCAACAGUUCACAUUUCUGCAAACUGGAACAAUUAUACAAGUUAAAUUGUCGAGAUGAUCCCAGAUUUGACCACUUCCUUGGACGUGUCUGGUGUUUACUACGCAGAUAUCAUACACUAUUUGGCUACGGUGCAAAUGAGGGGUUUGGAUUACAGGGAGCGUUAUCUGUCUCAGUGUUUGAAUGUCUUCAUCGAGUGUUUGGUGUCACCUUUGAAUGUUUUGCUUCCCCACUCAAUUGUUAUUUUAAGCAGUAUUGUUCUGCAUUUGAGGAUACCGAUGGAUAUUUUGGAUCUCGUGGGCCUAUCCUAAACUUUAGACCUGUCAGUGGAUCAUUUGAAGCCAAUCCACCUUUCAGUGAGGAACUGAUGGAGGUCAUGGUGGACCAUUUUGAGAAUCUGCUGCGAGAGUCCAAAGAACCCCUGUCAUUUUGUGUGUUUAUCCCCGAGUGGCGAGACCCUCCAACCGAGGCUCUGAUGAGACUGGAGUCCAGCAGAUUUAAAAGAAAAUCUGUGGUGUUACCACCAUAUGAACAUGAGUAUCGUCAUGGUUUUCAGCACAUGUGUCCAAUGGAUGAUAUGAAUGUGAAAUCACUCCAUGGGACGCUCGUAGUGUUUCUGCAAAAUGAUAGUGGAUUUCAACGCUGGAAUCCUACACCGGAGAAAAUUAAGGAACUUCUUUUGGCUGCAAAACCAAAAGAUACUGUUGUUUGAUGUGUUGGUGAAAGUGACGAACAUUAGAUAGUGGAAUCGUACAUGCACAGGCCACUGACAAAGCUUGGUGUGGAUAAAGUGUAUUCAUUUGUUUUAUCAGUUCAGACCUUUAGUUUUGAGUUUAGUUUAGGUUCUGAAACUGUCAAGUUCCUGUGUAUGAGAUUUUUCCAAACGACUCGUUUGGCAGUUUGACUUGGUGCAUCUGGCCACAAAUCUGAAGCAUCCGUGUGAGACAAAGGCAGCUGAAUUCACGUUGACGCAGAAAAAGGGGCACCUGCUGGUUACUAUAGAAACAUCUCUCCAUUACCCACAAUCCUUAAGUAGCCACACCAGAGCUAUGAACAAACCCUUCAUUUGAUUUCAAUUUAGAAGAUUACUUUAGUGUUACAAACACAUAAAUUUUCAAUUCAUCAUAGUUUAAAUAUAUGUUUAUAUUGUUGUUUCUAUGAUAUAUAUAAUGUUGUACAUUUGCAUGUGUUUGUCUGAAAUCCACCUGGAAGAAAUGGAGGAUUCAUUGAAGUGAUCUCUGUUGUUAUUUAUGAAAAUUCUGGAUUUUGAGUUGGCCUUGUUUUGUUGUUUAUAACAAAUGUAGAUUUCUCUUGUUCAUAAGUUAUUGUCAUGAAAAUGUUUCUUUUCUGUUCUCGAGUUUUUUUUAUGCAUGCACCGACAUUUAAUUAAUUUGAUUUUAUACUAUUUUUACUAUUAAUAUUAAUGUGUCAUAUUUUUAAUCAAUAUUUAAAUUCUUGUUUUAUAUUAUACUUUGAAAGGUACUGACUGAAAUAGACAUCAUCAGAAUGACUGUGUUGUGAACUCUGCUCAGUCUCUAAUUAUAGGUGUGUAAAUGUAGUUGUAAUGUAUACAGAUUUAAAGUGCUUCUCGCGUAAACCGUCGUUUGUAUUGGAUGGGACUAUGGCAAUUUGUUAGUGUUGUUUUCAAAGUUUAUUCUCUAGUUUUUUAAAAUGGAAAUUUUAAUUACAUGUUCUACAACUCUCUUAACUUCUGUACUUACGGUUGGAAUCUGGCGUUGUACAUAAAGCAGUGUUUCAUACUUUUUGUUUGUACCGAGACCAGACAUUCUGAUCACCGCUAAUUUUAUGGAAGAAAAUUUUUACAGCUUCAUUGUCUUGUUAAACACUUGUGCAUGUUAAUCAAUGCAAGCAACAGAGUUUGCAGAAAUUCAUAUUUUAAAUAUUUAAUUUAAUGAGAGUCAUUGUAAAUGUUGUUUUAUUCCAAAGAUCACAGCUCCUGUAUGUAUUACUUGUACUAUCUGUCCGUGUUUUGCCACAAUUUAAUCAGAAGAGAGCAGCCCAUUAAUUAAACCAUGAAGACAGUAUACAUUAUGUUGAAAUUCAGUCACCAACAUCUUUUUGAUAGAUCUGUCAGAAGAGAAAUGGCGUCUAAAGCAAGUGAAAGUCAAUUUCUUUUGCCAAGACCAUUUUGAAAGUUAGAAUUAUAUUUUAUCAGUCUCUUGAAGUUGUAUAUUUAUAAAUAUAUAUUGUAAUAUAUAGACAUUAUAGGCCCUCUGUGUUAUUUGUUCCAUAGUAUGAAGAUUUGAUUGGAAACGAAAUGGAUGUAUAAUAAAAAAAAAAAAUCUAUUCUUUCCUAGAUUGUGACAUUAAUUUUUCAUUAUAAAUAAGCAUAUAUUUCAUGGAAGCGUCCACUUUUUUCAUUGAUACAAACGGAUAGAUUAUCAAAUAGUGGGUUUUGUUUUUUUUAAAUGUAGGGGAUUAAAGCAAUUGGUGUCAUUAUUUCAUGAAACGGUGGUUUACAAAUACUGUUGCCUUUAUAAAAAUAUGAAAGUGAUGAA